GUGCGGAUUAGCAGCAGUUGGCAAGCGGCGCAGGUAGGUCGCAGCGCCGUGCACCGUGGUGGUGACUUCGAUGUGGACGCCGUCAGACGAUGCAGAGAGCGGUAGGCAGACUGCUGCUACAUCUUCCUUCGUGUGCGCCUAGCUGUGUGAAAAAUGGCUCCGGGAAGUACUUGGAUGACAGAUUAUGCUGAAGAUGUACUGGCAUGGAUGCACACUAAGGAACUCCAACACAUGGCUUACAAUGGGAAUUCUCCACAGCUGGCAAUGCGAGGAGCUCUGGUAGAAUUUUUACGCAUAGUCAGCGAGCGCUUGAAAUUGAGUGUUGCAACAACUCAUCUGUCAGUGUACCUUCUUGAUAGAUUCAUGGAUGCACAUCACAUAUCUGACAACCAAUUACGUCUUACUGCUCUCACUGCUAUAUUGUUAGCAGCAAAAUUUGAAGAAAAGGACAUGAAUGUGCCAAGAAUUCCAGAGCUAAAUGCAUUUGCCAAUAGCAGAUAUAGCAUAGCUAUCUUUAACUCAAUGGAAGCAUUUAUGUUGACAUUUUUUAACUGGAGCAUAGGAACAGUUACGGUUGCCCACUUUGCUGAAUUUUAUUUAAUGCGUGGAGUGACUGCUGGAGAUACAAUGGAAGGAGCCACACUCGCUGAACCUGCUCUGGCAAGACAGUCGCUUUGGAAAGCAACUGCUCAUUUUCUUGAUAUAUCCCUGCAAGACCAGGUUUUCCUUCAGUGGCGUUGCUCACAGGUGGCAGCUGCUUGCGUUGCAUGCGGUCGCUUGUGCUGCCAUUUGCUACCAACAUGGCCAGUAUCACUCCAAGCAACAACUGGGUACCACCUACAGACCCUCUCACAGCUUAUGGAUCUCUUGUUUAGGCUGUAUGAGAGUGAAGACAAAGCUAGUGUUUGCAGCACUCCUGAUUCAGGGUAUGGCAGUCGGUGCUCCAGCGUCCAAGGUUCACCCGUUUCUCAUAGAUUAGGGGAAGUAUAGGUAAAAUGCAUUCCUUUCCUUUCCACUACAAACUGAAGUGGACAAAAUGUUCAAAAGAAAGAAUUUAUUUACAUGUGCCUUUAUAAACCAACAAUAUAUUGCAUGUUCCCUACACCAUUUCAUGCACUUGAAGUCAUUGAUAUACUUUGUUUAUGUUUAUGGUGUCUGGAUCAUGGCCAACUCGAGAUUAGGGUUGUUUGUUGUCUUUCAAAAUUAGAAUCUAUUAUUUUUAGGUGGAAGGCACAUAACUGUUGGAUAUGGUUUCCUCCUUUCUGUGAUAUAUUUGUUGCCAGAAAUGUCGGUGGCUAAAUUUUGCAAUAUUACUUUGCUAAUUUUGAUAUGUGUUAAAAAGGGAAAUACCCAUUUCUAUGAUAUCUGAUUAUAGUUAAGGUGUAAUAUAUAAUGGAUUGUCUUAAGUUAUUGGGUGUGGAGCAUGUGUUUGAAGUAUGAGAAAGUUGUGAUCUGCUUUGAAGCAUUUGAUUCCGUUUCUGUUUUUUAACCAAACAUUUGUCCUCUUGCUGCUUUAUUGCUGGGACUUUUUGGUGCUAAAUAUGACUAAUUAGAAGUCAAAGUAUUGUGGAGGGAAUGUAAAUAUUUACAUCCAAAUUUAAAUAUUCCAGUUGUUUCUUCUUUUGUAACCAUGAUAUCUUUAAUGUAUUACACUGUUAUGUAUGGAAACUGUACUCACCAAUUGUAAUCAAUUCAGGGUAAAAAUAUACCCCAAUUUGUAUUGUACUAGGUGAUGAUAGCUUUAUUAAAGAAAAAAAAAAGUUAUAAAGAUAGUGAGUCAAAAUGGAAUAUCUCAGUCAAGUUCAAAUUUGUAUUACCCAUAUUUCAUUUCAUUAACAUUCUAUUAUUUUAACCAUGAUGAAAUUUCCCAGUGCAGGAAGUCUGGAGUAAGUUUGAUUUCUUUGCAUAUAGAACUGGUGAGCAUUCUGAAUUUACCCAUACAUAUUUGCUUAGUUUUAUAGGUACAAAUGUAAAUUAUUUUAUUACACCACUACUUCUAAUGGGAACAGAUAAGGUGUCUGAUGGUAAUAUUGGUAGAAUUGGUGCUAUUUGCAAUUAUGUGUUGUGCAUUAGCAAGACACGUAAACUUUCGAACCUCAAAGGUAGACUUGAACUACUUUAAUUUUCCUCGUGUGUAUAUCAUUUAUGAUAUUCAUCAGCUACAGUAAGUGAUUACGGUCUGUGAUAUGUAUUUAAAGAAUUUUUGCUUUGUGUUAGUUGGUAUUUGUAUUAGAAGUUGCACAAUAAGUUUACCAUAAUUUUGUUAGGGUUAUUUUUCAUUAUCCAAUGUAAAUAAAAGUUAAAAUUUCUUUCUGUGUUCUAGUCAAAGUUCUAGUAAGAGUAUUUUUUGGUUAACAGAUGUUUUGCUUUUCUGUGAUACACAUUUUGUUUUUUUGUUGUGUAAUUGUGUGACUAUGGCUCAGAUGAGCCUUUCAGUAAAUGUUUUCAUCAUG